AUGGCUGUCGAAAUAUUAGACGAAGACCACUUCGCCAUUAGCGCUAUUGUAACGGUGGCGAUGCAAAUUAUAUUUUUCAUAGUUGCCGCUACUUUCCAAAUGGACAAAGUCACCGAUUUCGCUGGCGGGAUCAAUUUCAUUAUUUUAGCGUUACUCACGUUCCUUCUAGGACAGGCAGGAAGGAAAACAUACGAUAGCAGACAACUAAUGGUAACAGUUUACGUAUGCCUGUGGGGCAUGAGGCUCUCUGGUUACCUGCUCUAUCGCAUCGUUAAAAUAGGAAGAGAUAAAAAGUUCGACGAUAAGCGGAGCAACAACAUCAGAUUCGCCAUAUUUUGGACAUUUCAAGCCGUUUGGGUGUACGUCGUCAGUUUGCCGGUGAUAAUAAUCAAUUCGCCGCGUCACUCGAUCCCCCUGGCGCCCAAAACGAUGACCACUUUGGACUCCACCGGGACGGCCUUCUUCAUCGUCGGCCUCCUGGCCGAGACCUACGCGGACCUGCAGAAGUUCUCCUUCAGACAGGACCCCGACAAUCAGGGCAAAUGGUGCAACGACGGUCUGUGGCGGCUAUCCAGACAUCCGAACUACUUCGGGGAAAUCGUCCUUUGGUGGGGAAUAUUCAUAAUAUCCUUGAACGUCCUCGACGGCAUCGAAUGGGUGGCCAUCAUGUCGCCGUUGUUCACCACAAUAAUUAUACUGUUCCUCUCCGGGAUACCUCUCUUGGAAAAGUCUUCCGACGAAAAAUACAGAGACAUAGCGGAUUAUCGUUUCUACAAAACCUCGACGUCGCCUCUAAUCCCGGUGCCUCCGGCCAUCUACGAGGAGGUGCCGCAGUUCAUCAAGUUCGUGCUGUGCUGCGAAUUCCCCAUGUACAACUCGCUGGACGAGCGGCGGGCCGCGAUGAAGGGGGCCCACAUCGUCAAGGAGUCGUCGGGCGCCUCGUCGGGGGCCUCGCUGGCAUAG